UCUCAGCGCUGUCAGUGGUGAGACGUCAAAGUUUACUUUUCAAAUUAAACUUUUCAUAUUUGUUUAUUAAAUUGUUGCAAUGUAAUUGAAAUCCAUUACUCCGCGAGUAAAAGUAUUUUUAAAGUCAUUGAACCCAGUCACCUAUAAAUUGUACAAAACUUAAUAUCAAACCGAAAAAUGAAAAUCACGAAAUAUGUUGUUAAAAAACCUUUCAAGGACUUCUUGCCAGAACCCGAAGACUUCGGCACAAAACAUGAAAACUUCGAUAAAUUGAAGAACGAUCAGUUUUUAGUUAAAGCAGAAUACAUCAGCACCGAUCCUUAUUUGAGAUCGUUCGCGAACAAGCGCGCCGUGCCGUAUGAUCAAUUCGGCUUCCAAGUUGGCAACGUUGUAGAAAGUUUGAACCCCGAAUACCCAGUCAAGAUGACCGUAGUUUCACAUUCCGGGUGGCGUGACUACGCAGUUCUCAACGGGCAACCCGAUGACAUGUUUGGCAUUAAACCGUACGACCCACAAAUUGGGAAGUUACCCCUGUCUCUGGCGUUGGGGGCUUUAGGAAUGCCUGGCAUAACAGCCUACCUCGGCUUCUUGGAAAUAUGCAAGCCGAGGACAGGUGACGUCGUCUGCGUGUCGAGCGCGGCGGGUACCGUCGGCUCUUUAGUCGGCCAAAUUGCCAAAAUGAAGGGAUGCGUCGUAAUCGGAUUUGCGGGUUCCCCAGAAAAAGUUCAGUAUUUGCGCGAUGAAUUAGGAUUUAACUAUGCAUACGACUACAAAGCGGUUAAAGAUGUUAAGGCAACAAUACUAUCGGUUUGUAAUGGGAUCGACUGUUACUUUGACAAUGUUGGAGGUGAGUUGAGUGCUGGCAUAGUGCAGUGUAUGAAGAGAGUGGGCCGCAUCGCUGUGUGCGGGUCCAUAAGUACGUAUGGAAGUGUAGUGGAUCAAAAAAUGCCGAUAAUACCGCACAACGUUAAAGUUCAAUCGUUCAGUUUCACACAAUGGGACUGGGAGCAGCAGAUGGCCGCUAUACAGCAGCUCAAGGCGUGGAUGCAAAUAGGUUCCAUUAAAGCGAAGGAGACCGUAGUGCAGGGGUUUGAUCAACUCCCGACUGCAUUGAUUGGUCUGCUCCGAGGGGACAACAUUGGGAAGGUUGUCGUUAAAGUUUGAAUCUUAUUUACUGACAAUUAAAUUCAAAGUUGUACUCUCGAGAAUGGUAAAAAAAAUUGAGGGUUUCUAUUUAUACCUGGCAG